UAACACGUUUCGGUAGCACUGCACGCACUUUCUUUGCUUCCGAGAAAAAAGUUGCAAAAAAAAUAAACACACUGUUUCGCGGUAAUUGGUUUUUUAAAAAUGGAAUUCCUUAUAAAUUGUGUUAGUGAUGUGUCACCGAAUUAAUAAGUUAACGAUAAAGUGACUAUUUUUUAUUUAUUAACUCAAUUGUAUUUAAUAUUUGUUGUGUUUUGGAGAUUUUAUAUAGAUAAUGUUUCAAUACGAAUUUGAGAAGCGGCCGCCGUCAGCGACAUCCUGCGACAGUCGUGCCACAGUCACCACCGACUGGAGCCGGGUGUACCCGGCGGGACCUAGCCGGACGAGCGGAAAAAGCGGUACAAGCGGUUUGAGCGGAAAGAGCGAUGCGAGCGGUUUUAGCGCCGCGUGCGCGGGACGCCCGCUCCCACCUAGGCCGAUAGUUCGUGAGCGGUUGCCUGCAAAACCUACUGUACCUUUAAAAGUUUGGAUCAUAGCCAGUGCUUCGUGCUUUGCCGUCUGCGCUGCGCUGGUCCUCGCCACGCUGGUCAUCACGAAAUGGGGAGCAGAACCUACGUACCCUGGAGAAAUGUACUCCGAACCGGAACCGAUAUAUUCCGAUCCAAAACCAAAAUACAACCCACCUACAUCACAAAGAACCACAGAACACACAAUAAAACAUCCAACAGAUACAAAAUCUAUAGAAAACUCAAUUGAAAAUGACAUUCAACUGUCCGUUCUUGAAAAGCUGCCGAUAUUCAAGAACGUUGUAUCCAACCGCGUCAAAAAUAAUAAUCUGGCCAGCAAACCACAAAUACAUCCAAUCCACGAUGCCAUAGAGCAUACAGAAAGAAAAAUAGAGAAGAAGGAUCAGGCAAAACUGCCGCACGAUUACGAGAACGAAGUGAAAGAUAUUCCUGAAUUCAAACCGACAUUGCCCGACAUUUUCUUUGGUAAGCAUAAAGAUAUAAUUCUACCAGAAGGUUUUGUGCCUGGUCUUAGAAAACAUGAUGCUGAGUACGAAGAAUAUUACAAUGAUGACAAUCUAUAUGAUGAUUACAUGCAAAGCAACACAAUGGCUAGUUAUUUAAUAGAGAAGAUACAGGAACUGCAUACUUGGAUCACAACAGAUCCAGAUUUCGACGCUCGUAACUCGUCCAAAGUUUUGAAAGCUAGCAAUCAAUUUGGUGAACUUUUAAAGUCGUUAAACGAAAGCCUAAUCGAAGGGAAUGUUACAAUAAUAAUGAGUAAAUUGAGAAAUUUGUAUUUUGGUGACAAUCAUACAAAUUUGAACAAGAGUCGAAGUAUUAUUUUAAGUAAUAGUACUGAUUUAUUGUCGUUUGGAAUUUUAUCGUUGGAUGUGAUGUUGCUUCAUAAUAUACAGCUUAUGGCUUGGGAAAGUCAGGAAGCAGCUCGGAGUAAGAUGCUGAAGGAUCCUGACGUGUUCGCGUUUAAUGCACUAUUUUUGGACCCCAGCAAAGUUGAGGCCAAGCAGAACGAAGUAUUACACCACUCCGACAGCUCGGGAGUGGCAAAACGGCAAAAUUUGCGGUGAAGCUGGCAUUAGAAAGAGUUUGACGACUUCGAGCUGCGGCCAACAGCAUUAGAGAACUUUCUGGACAUCGGCAUGAGUACGGCAAGGGCUGCUAUCCACUUGGGAAGAGCAUACAAGAACACCAAAAAUGUAAUAAACCACAUCGCAACACGAGAAUCGAAGCCGAAUCUGUCCCGGAAUAUAGACGGCAACACUGUCGCCCUGAACCAUCUGCAGUCAUCAUACACCGAGGGUACUGGUGUUGAGUACACUGAACUGGACUGCGUGUGGUUACUCUACUGCAGGAAUUUGGUGGCAACCGGGAACAUGACUGCUCCAUAUGGAACCAUGGCUAAAAUUAAUGGGUUGGCACUACGGAUGCUGACUGGGGAGCUACCAGCCGACCGUGCUCUGGACACCAUGCUGUAUGAGGUAUUUUCCGGGUGGACGCAGUUGAACUGCAACCAUAUGUUCCCAAGAUGCAGCAAAGCAAACGCAGCGGAAAUAGUAUUAAACACAAUUCUACAACCAUUAAAAAAGUCCCAAACUCCCAAUAGAGUUCGAUAGCGAGCAAAUACUACUAUAAUAGUAGCUUUUGUAUAGUAAAUAGUAGUUUUUCAAUGUCGCAACUGUUUGACUCUUUAAAUUCUAUACUAUUGUUA